AUGACAGCAGAGGGCAUGCGUGCCAAGCGACGAACUACGUACCAGAACAUGCACGAGAUUGUCAAGCUGGCUACGAAGUACUCACCUAAGCUAGUAAAAGGCUACAGCGCAGGAAACAUUUCCGUGGUGGAUAAAAAAAGCUGGCUGGAAGUCUGUGACCGCAAGCACCGGUAUGGUGCAAAUUUGCGAGCGUACUAUAAGGAGUGGAAGCGCCAACCAAUGGAGCCUACAAAGCCAAGCUUCUGGGAGUGGCUCGACGAUGAAUCAAUUGAAGUAGCAGGUGUACCAAGAACGAAAUUAGAGCGGGAGACUGUGCUCUACUGUGACACAGCGGCAGAGCGUCAAAAGUUUGCGCUUGCAGUACAGAACGGCGUGAUUGUACAUGAAGUUUCACAAGAAAUUGUAGAAACAGGACCAGAUGGAUGGAUCUUUGUUUUGCGCGAUGGCGUUCUCUACGGCUCCCAUAAAGAGACGAAGAAAAUUCCUCGCAUUCAUCAUACGAGCUUCGUCGGUGGAGAAUGUGUACAAACAGCAGGCAUGAUGGUAAUUACUAACGGGAUUAUUAAAACUAUUUAUCCUCAUAGUGGUCAUUACCGGCCAUCUGAGUACGAGCUGCUGGUGCUGCUCCGCUUCCUCGUGAACAAUGGUGUAGAUCUGAGCGAUGUAGACGUCGAUGUGCAGCGAAUCCAGAAGGUGUUCCGUAUCUCCGUGAACGGCACUCUUGUCAAGAAGUUGGACAAUGCGCACUUCUGGAAUGCGUACCGAGUAUGGUACUUUUUGGAAGAGAAACAUGUCGCGUGGAAAGUCGGCCUGUUCGACGAACUUGUUGAGACGGUUGGGGAAAAGACGCGCAUACAUAUGGCGCUCGCGAUAUCUGAAAUUGUGGAGAAUAGCAUUAUGGGCGAGAUGAACGAUGAAACCUCUGAGAUUGCAUUUAAGGAUAGCGAAUCUCAUGCUCUUUCGAUCUUGCACCCCGCUUACGACCCUGCGAGUUUUGUUGUAGGUGCAGUGAAGCAGCUGACCACGUGCGAGGUGCAGCCGUAA